ACACCAGACGUUGCACAUCUCUUUCCCAACGAGUCAUGUGGAUGGUCCUUCUUUUCGCGCUGCCGUUGGUCCUUGAUUCUUUUCAGGCGACUAGAUCGGCGGACGCAAGAGAACAGGAAACAGUGAACGCCGAGGAGCAGCGGUAUAAAUUUUUGUUGCAUCAGAUCCACGGCAUGGUGCAAAAGCUUCUUUACGAAAAGGAGAGGCACUUCAAUGAGAGCAUCGAGGCACUGACGCAGUUGGUGGAAACUUCCUGUCGUUCGCAACCUGGUAACCAAACCACCGGGUCGAUAGGUUUGGCUGAUAUUGAACGUACAGCAGAAGAGAUAACAAAUGUUUUCUUAGUGAGAUUAACAGCCACGCAUAUUAGCAUUUUCGAAGAUAUAAAGGCAAAAUUAACAGCCAUGGCCACUGACAUAAUGAAAGAGAUAACGGCGCAGUUGCUAGGCAUGGCGAGUGUGCAUGACCUAGCGGGGCUUCAAAGCCAGGUGUCGACUCUUGCAACCUCUGGGGCUCUGAGUGACUUGCAGAAGGACCUGUCCCCUUUCGCCUCCUCCGCAACAGAAGACAUCAAACAGGCGGUGUCCAGACUGGCUUCCGAGGUGGACACAGGCAUGAAAAACUUUGCUACUAGUAAUCAAAUAACAGAAAUUCAGGAAGAACUUGACAGUGUACCACUUUGCAACCUCAGGAAUGACUUUGACCGAGUGCUGACAUUGCUGUCGACGAAUAAGGAGGACAUUGGCGAUCUGGAUGAGACUUUACGAGCAUCUCUGGCAGAGCAGAAAGCCGCGUGCCAGGGCGGGGCUGAGCGCCAGGAGAGCGCGGCCGGCCUGGCGCAGCUGCUGGAGAGCCUGCGCGCCGCGGUGGACGGCAACGCCGACAGCAUCCGCAGCGUCGCCUCCGCCGUGGGGAAGCUGCAGGGCGAGUUCGCGGCGCGUCUCGGGGCCCUCGAGGAGCUGGCCAAGAAAAUCGACAACAACACGCUGCUUCCUCCAACCACAACCACCACUACCACCACAACCCCGAGACCCACGACGACAACAACACCGGCGCUUCCUGUGUUCCCUUGCCUCGACAGCAACUUCGCCAGUGCAGGCUUGGGCGUGGAGGUCUGUCGGGCAGCUGUCCGCCUCGGGAAGUGCCAGCGGCUGUCCGUGGCGAUCCACUGCUGUCGCUCUUGUUCUGACGCCGGCGAAAUUCCUGUCAUGGGCGCGCACCGGUUCAUCAACUCCAACAGGACGCUUUCUCGGGUCUCGGCGGCGAAGCUGAUGAGGCCGUGAGGGCGGAUGUGAGGGCGGAAG